ACAGAACAUUGAAUUAUCUUGCAGUCUUCCGCCAGCUGCGCUAAAGAUGAUUUUAGCAACGUGCGUCAUCAGCCUGAGGGGGACACGAUGUGGCAGCCUGUGCAGAUGCGGAGAAGAUGCACUCCGGUCAAUGCAGGCGCAAGUGAUGUUCCGGUCAAAGUGGACCCAAUUGGACCUCAUCGCGAAUGUCUAGCUCUCCAAGAAUCCAAAUGGGUGAUGUAGCGAUGUUAACGUUGUGAUCAUCCCCCUCCCCGACGGCCUACUCCCCACAUCUCAGCACAAGACUUCCACCAGAGUCAUCAUGGGGGGAGUAGUCCAGAUGCACUUCAGCACGGUGGACUAUGUCAUCUUCGCCUUGCUGUUGGCAGCCUCGGCCGGCAUUGGCCUCUUCUACGCCUUCUCUGGUGGACGCCAGCGCACAACACAGGAGUUCCUGAUGGCUGACCGCUCCAUGAGCUGCCUGCCCGUGUCUCUGUCUCUGCUCGCCACGUUCCAAUCAGCCGUGGCCAUUCUGGGCGCACCAUCCGAAGUGUACACCUUUGGGACGCAGUACUGGUUCCUGGGAUGCUCGUACUUCCUGGGACUGCUCAUCCCAGCUCACGUUUUUAUACCCGUCUUCUACCGGCUGCGGCUGUCCAGCGCCUAUGAAUAUCUGGAGCUACGCUUUAACAAGACCGUCCGCAUUUGUGGGACCGUGACCUUCAUCUUUCAGAUGGUCAUUUAUAUGGGGGUGGUCCUGUACGCUCCCGCUUUGGCACUUAAUGCAGUCACUGGCUUUGACUUAUGGGGAGCGGUGCUUGCUAUGGGACUUGUGUGCACCCUCUAUACCGCUCUGGGCGGCCUGAAGGCAGUGAUGUGGACCGACGUGUUCCAGACAGUGGUGAUGUUCGCUGGGCAGCUGGCAGUGAUCAUUGUCGGGGCCCAUCAGGCGGGGGGCAUCACUGAAGUCUGGAGGAAAGCGGUGAACGGUAGCCGCAUCGCCGGACUUGACUUAAAUCCUGACCCUUUGGAGCGCCACACCUUCUGGACGCUGGGUGUGGGUGGCAUCUUCCUGAUGCUGGCUCUAUACGGGGUCAACCAGGCCCAAGUCCAGAGAUAUCUCAGUUCCCGCACUGAGAAGGAGGCAGUCAUGUCCUGCUAUGUUGUUUUUCCAUGCCAGCAGAUCGUGCUGUGUUUAGGGUGUCUGAUGGGACUGGUCAUGUUUGCUCGCUAUGGAGAGGACAGCCCUCUAGAUAAGGGCUAUGUCAAAACCAACGAUCAGAUGGUGUUAUACUUUGUAAUGGAUGUGUUCAAGGACCUGCCUGGGCUGCCAGGUCUGUUUGUGGCCUGUCUCUUCAGUGGAGCGCUGAGCACCAUCUCAUCUGCCUUCAACUCCUUAGCAACCGUAACUAUGGAGGACCUGAUUAAACCUCAUUUUCCAAACAUGACCGAGUCUAAAGCCACACUGCUGUCCAAAGGACUUGCUCUGACUUAUGGUUUAGUAUGUCUGGCCAUGGCCUACAUCGCCUCCCUAAUGGGGUCUGUGUUGCAGGCAGCGUUAAGCAUCUUUGGGAUGGUAGGUGGUCCCCUGCUGGGCCUCUUCUGUCUGGGAAUGUUCUUCCCUUGGGCUAACUCCAUUGGUGCAGUGGUUGGAUUAGUAACAGGCCUCGCUAUGGCUUUCUGGAUUGGCAUAGGCAGUUUUAUAAUGCGUAUGCCAAGUCCAGUCCCACCGCUCACAACCGUUACUCCGCCCCCAUUUGAGAACUUGACAACUACCGUCAUGACCUCACUGGUCAAUGUGACCACACCCAAACCUAGGCCAACAGGCAUAGAAGCUCUGUAUUCCCUGUCCUACAUGUGGUACAGUGCGCACAAUUCCACCACUGUUGUUGUGGUGGGACUGAUCGUCAGCCUGCUGACAGGACCAAUGAAGGAGAAGCAGCUGACCCCAGGAACAGUGUAUCCGGUCUUGGGCAAUCUGCUUUUCUUUCUGCCUGAGCGAUACACAGAGAAGCUGUGCUGCGUCACCCCUCUGGCGCAAAAGCCCAAAGAAAUCAACGCACGGCCUUACGAGAGGAGCAAGAAAGGUGAGAAUGGAGCUGCGUACUGCAAAGAGGACACGGUGACGGAGGACAAAGAAAUGGAAAGCGACAGCGCGCACACGGAAGACGAGGAAAGCAGGGCGACAUUGCCCUUGUGUCAGCUGACCCCUCACUGUGUGGAGGAAACCGCCCUCUAAUUCUCUCUCUCUCUCUCCCUCUCUCUCUUCCCUGUUGAAAAGCACAUUUCCAACCCCAACGGCCAUCCAAUCACAUCUCAGCUUGCUCAGACGUGGUUUGGAAGGUAUCAAGGGCUGCCACUCGCGGGGGGUCGCUGCAUCGGGGGCUCUGCCGGCUGGUGGCUCAAAGUGACCGACAUGAAACUCUCCCGAGGAUUUCCCGCCAUGUGUGCUCUUGAAGAAGAAGCUAAUCCAGAGAUGAGCCAACGGUCCUGAAUGGCUUUGGUCUACGCCCAUUGGCCGGACACUUCCUUGGCCCAGUCAUCCAUUGUUGACGUCUUCCGCCAUCAACCGGGGUUCCUCCAUGGCUGCAAAGUGACCCCCACGAGCCAUGGGUGUGUAGGUGACGAGGUUACAGAACUUCUGUUGGACCCACAACUUGGGGGUGUGUAUCAGUUCGUUAGGGAAGCUGGCAAAUCCAGUGGGCACGUACACCGGGAUCCUGGGACAAGAAGAUGCUGGCCUGGGAACGCCUUGGUGUCCUCCCGGUGGAGCUGGAGGAGGUGGCCGGGGACCGGGAAGUCUGGGCUUCCCUACUAAGACCGCUGCCCCCGCGACCCGGAUAAGCGGAGGAAAAUGGAAGGAUGGAUGGACUAUUGGUAUUGUUAUGCAAAACAAACCUUUCUUAUGUGGCGCUUCCGAGAAGCCGUAUCCGGGUAUGGACGGGCACACCACCUCAAACACAAGUCCCUGGGGGUCUGACGGUUCCGUUAGGAGCGGGAUCAACCCGUAGAACUCAUAAAAAGAUCCAGGCCAGCCGUGCACCAUUAUCAGAGGAAUCGCAUCGCUUCCCUGUGGCACCCGCUUGGGUUUCACGUGCACGUAAUGAACGUCAAUACCUGCACGGGGAAUGGAAAAAAGUAGAAAAACGUGACGAGCAAGCCACAAGCAAGUCAAAGUCACGCCUCCAGUAGGAGACCACCUCCUCCAGGUACUUGGAGUUGAACCCGUAAUGGAACUGGCUGUCUUCCAAGGAGGGAACUGGACGCGUCUGCUCUAUUCUCCUGUGACAGAUGGAUGGCUACCUCCAACUCUUCAUCACUGGUGGUCACCGUGAAGGGCUGGAUCCUGGUGUCCUCCUCGCCAUCCGGGACUGGACCCACGCCCCACCAACCAUCCUCGGAUUUCAAAACAUGGCUCCUCCUUCUAAGAAGCAGCAAGAUGAUGACCCCUCCAAGCACCAGACCAAUUAACACCUCUGUGAACAUGCUUCCUGUUUGGGGCCGGAGACACAUACAGAGCUUUCACGAAAAUCCUCUUCGGGAGAAACGAAGCUUCCGGUUUAUUCGGCAACACUCGGGCAACUUAAAUACAUCCCUCAGCGUGAUUGUCACGUGACUAUCCCAGAAAAUGGCGAUCCCAUGUCAGUUUCCUCUCGUUUUUUUUCGGGAGAAGCGAAGCUUCCGGUUUAUUCGGCAACACUCGGGCAACGUCGGCGAAAUACGUCCCUCAGCGUGGCUAUCCCAUGUCAGGUAAACUAGCUCAUUUCUAAAUAGUGACAAAUGUGAAAAAAAUGAAAUAUAACAGUGUAUAGAUUAUCAGCACCACAAAAAACUAUGUACUGGAGUAAAUAUUUAUUGAAUACAUAACUGUUUUCAACUCAUGGUAUUAAAGUCGUUCAGCUGUUAGAAAAUAAGAAGGUCCUGCUUCAAGUUAUGUCGGACAUGUCCAGAAAAGAAAAAAAAAAAUUAAGUGAGAGAUGGGUCCAAAUAAAAUACUUGAAUGCUCAUCUUUUUUCACCUCACUUGAAAAUGAAAACAAUGGAGGUCUUCCAAAGGAAACCAGCAGCAUGUUUGUCCAUUUCGUACAUUUGACCCAUCUUCCCUCAGAGACUUUGAUUUGACUUUAGAUUUUUUAAACCCGAUCAGAGAUGUGACGGCGGAGAAGCAGGAUGAGUGUAUUUAAAAACCUCCUGAGAAUGAUGUACAGCGUAUAUAAAUAGCACAUCUCUGACUGUAAUCGAAAGCGUGUACACAUUCGGAUCUCCACCAUCUUCACUCCCCAUCAAUCUGGUGGUUCUGCACUCGCAGCAAACACCUCCGCCGCCACCGUGAACUUCAGUCCUAUCCGUGUUUUCCUCAAGAGCGCUUUAGUCCGUCUCCAUAGCGCCACUGUGCGUCUCCUUGGACACCAUCAGUCUCAUCAAUUUUCCGUGCAGCUUCUCGAUCUUCUUCACAUCCUGGGCCUGGUCUGUCUUGUACUGUAAACACUGUAGGGAUGAAGAGAGAACACAUGGUGACAGCCGCUAACACAGUAUCUACGGACAUUCAUUCAUUUAUUUAUGUCUAAAACGUACAAUAAUGCCUUGUUUUUGUUCCAGGCUUGACUGUGAGCAUUAUUAGAGCCCUCUUUACAUGAAAUAACACCCCUAUAGUCAACUUUACACUCCUAUUACCCAAUAUAGCUUACGAACAAGAACCACCAGGUUCAGGAACAGCUUUUUCCCCAACAGCUGUCUCCUUGUUGAACUCUGCCCCCCAUUGCCCACCCCUUCCACUACUCGCAUCCCCCUGCUAAACUCUGCCCCCCCCAUCACUUCAUUGCACUACUGUACAUAUUACUGUUAUAUCUUGUCACAUUCAUACUGUGCAUACUGUUUAUAAUCUGCAAUAGCCAUAUUAUAGUCAUUUAUAUCCCUGUAUAUAUCCACAUUGUAUCAUAGUCACAGCCUGUUAUAGUUUGUACAUAUAUCUGUCCAUUUACAGCUCUGUUCUAUUUCUACAUUUACUUACUAAUAAGGUAUUUAUAAAUUUGCACUUCUGGUUGGAUGCUAACUGCAUUUUGUUACCCUGUACCAGUGACAUGAGCAAUAACAAUAAAGUUGAAUCUAAUUUAAUCUAAUAUAGUGGACAUAAAAAGAUCAUAUGAGCCAUUUAAGACAUAAAUAAGACGUGUGUGCUGGUAGAAAUGUGUUCCCUAUGGCAGUGGUUCUCAACUGGUUUGGGUAUGCAACAAGCAGCAACCCAAAUUGUGUACAUUUUUUCAACUAUAACUUCUUUAUAGCUUUUGUGACUUAUGUCCGCCCACUCCAUCCAAAAUAAAACAGGUUUCAACCUAACUGUUAAUGUCCCACAUCCUGGUUCACAUACACAUUUUAUACAUUCAAUGUUGCAAAACCGUAGAAAUUCAACAAUCCGACAUAAUUACUUGUGACAUACAAAACUGAAACUUACCACAGCGUUGUCAGUCACUUUGAUGCGGAUGUUUCCGUCGCAGUGUCUGUACUUGAUGACCACUCUGGCCUGAAAAAGAAGAGAAUUAGAAAAGCAUGCAGCAGAUGUUUUCCAAGUGCUAACGAGCUUCCAAGCUAAUAUGCUACACUGCUAGCCGUUUCUAAAUAGCUUUUACCUUCAUGGGGUCUGUUAGAUACAGUUUUUCCGCCGCACAAGCAAACUCCUCCCAAGUUUGAAAGUAAGGCAUUAUUUAUGAUGAUUAAUGAUUACGUUAAAUCAAUAUGAUAUCAAAAUAAAUCGCCGUGAGACGGAGAAACAGCUACGGUAACUUCAGAAGACCACAUCAG